AUGGGAACCAAGAAGAAGACGAAGCCGAGCAGGGGCAGGAAGAAGCCGAGGACCAGCGCUGACCAGGCCCUGGCCCUGGACUACGUCCGCGCCUGGGCGCACCCCACGCCCCCUCCGGAACCCUCGACGGCCGAUGCCGUGGGCGGCUUCCUGCCGCCCCAUGCCGCGCGCAUGGCCUGCGGCGGCGGGGCCAACGUGCUGUUUGAGCUUCACUCCCACUCCAACCAUAGCGACGGGUUCCUGUCGCCCUCCGCUCUCGUCGAGCGCGCCCACCGCAACGGGGUGAAAGUUCUCGCUCUAACAGAUCAUGAUACCAUGGCUGGUAUACCGGAAGCUAUGUCUGCAGCUCAUAAAUGUGGCAUAAGAAUAAUUCCUGGCGUAGAAAUUAGUGCACUACAUUCUCCACGGGAAAUUCCUGGUGCUGGUGAACCUGUUCAUAUUCUUGCAUACUAUGGUAUGUGUGGCCCAUCAAGGUUUGAUGAGUUGGACAGCAUGCUCUUGAACAUUAGAAACGGGCGAUACCUACGCGCAAAGAAUAUGCUGGCAAAGCUAAACAGUUUGAAGGUGCCAAUAAAGUGGGAGCGUGUAACUAAGAUUGCUGGUGAGGGAGUGGCACCUGGUCGACUCCAUAUUGCAAGGGCUUUGGUUGAAGCAGGUUAUGUAGAUAAUGUCAGGCAAGCGUUUAAUAAGUAUCUUGGUGAUGAUGGCCCUGCAUAUGCCACAGGGAGUGAACCAUUUACUGAAACUGUGGUGCAGAUGAUUAGCCGUACUGGAGGUAUAUCUGCAUUAGCCCACCCAUGGUCAUUGAAGAAUCCGGAUGCCAUCAUUUGGUCCUUGAAAGGUGCUGGUCUUCAUGCUAUGGAGGUUUACAGAAGUGAUGGGAAGGUUGAUGGGUUUAGUCAAUUAGCUGAGAAGUACGGACUUCUGAAGCUUGGAGGUUCAGAUUUUCAUGGAAAAGGGACGAAAGACGAGACUGACGUUGGAGCAGUUAAGCUUGCUAUUACAACUUUGUCCUCCUUCUUGGAGAUGGCUCGGCCUAUCUGGUGUAGUGCAAUGAAAGACAUCUUACUGAAGUUUGCAGAGGAGCCAUCUGCUGCCAAUCUAGGGAAGAUACUUAAGUUUGGACAACCUGCAAAUUCUGAUGGCUCUGCACCAAUUGAUAGUGGUACGGAUGUUGUUAAUCUCUGCUUAUCUUCAUGGUUAAGUUAUGAUGAUAUGGAAGAUGUUGAGCUUGAGGAAGUACGAUCAAAGCUUGUUUGCUAUGCAGCAAAAACAUAA